AUGUCGGCGCUGGGCUACCGAGCGGCGCGCGAGCCACUGCUCCUGCUGCAGGACUCGGUGUUCCGUGUGCGGCAGUUUGUGCAGACGCUCUCGCCCAGCGCAUCCGAUGCGCUGCGCGCCGACCCCUAUACGACGCCGGUCGCCGCCGGCGUCGACCGCGAGACGGAGUACGUGUACUGUGCGGCACCCGCGCGCUGCUUUGUGUGGCGCAGCAACAGCCCGAAUCCCACCUGCUACGAGUUCCGCGCAGGCGGCGACGACGGCCGGCUGCCGCACGUCGUGAUCCUGCCGCGGCCGCUUAAUGAGAGCGCCGAGCCGGCUGUUUUGCUCGCCAGCCCUAGCGGCCAGGUGCGCUUCUGGGACGUGGUCUCGGACGCGUUCACGACGGCCGACGCAGAUAUAGUCACGGCGCAGCUGCCGCUCGAGCCCGGCGAGGUACUUACGGCCGCCGCCCGCAUCGAUCCGAGCCAAGCCGUGUUUGGAACGAGCCACGCACGCCUCUUUCGCGUGCACGCGUACGUGCACCGCGGCGAGCACCACCUCGCCCAUGCGCUCUACUCAGAGGCGCGCGGCCUACUGCGCCGCUGGUUCGCCGCCGCGCCCGCCGGCCACACCGAGGCGAUUACGAGCCUCGCGGUCGGGCCGUGCCAGGACGACGCGCUGCACGUCCUCCUCUAUGCCCUCAGCGCACGCACCGUGCAGGUGUGGCGCGUGCCACUCGCGGGCUCCGGCGCCGCGGCGAACCACGCUAAGCUGCUCGUCGCCGACGACCAGCUGCACAAGACGAUUGCCAGCCGCGCGAUGUAUGCGCGGGGCGCCCGGUACAGCGCGGCGGCGAGCGCGCACCUGUCGCUGCUUGCCUCUGCGCCGCUCGGCGAGGGACGCGCAGUGGUUCUGUAUGCAGACCGCAGCGGCGAGCAGACGGUCGCCUACGGCCUCGCACUGGUCUCGGUUCCGACCGACGGCGCACUUACCGUGCACCAGGUCGUGCCGCUCGAGUACGCGGCGCCGGCGGACCCCCGCCCCGGCGCCGCGCCGCGCCUCGAUGUGUCGCCGAGCGCGCCGCACGUCGCGUGCAUCUCGUUUGACGACGCGCUCGUCACGCAGCUCCUUUCCGACACGGCCGGCACCGUGGAGGAGACGCUGUACCUCAAGCCCGGCGCGAACCGCGUGCUGGGCGCGUGCCUCGUCCCGGUGCACGACCGCGCGCACACCAUCCGCUGGGUUGCACAGACGUCGACGAGCGGCGUGCUGCUCGUCGACAUGGACAUCAGCCAGGCCGAGCAGCUUGCGCUCGACCAGCAGCCGUCGUCGCCGCAGAUGCACGCGUCGCGCAUCGCGCGCCUGCAAGAGCGCCUCGAAAAGGUGGUGUGGUUCGGCGAGGACGCGUCGAAUCCGCUGCAGCUCGACGCGCUCCCGGCGACGCUCGAUACCGGCCUCCUCCAAGCGGCCGCCGAGAAUUUGAGCAGCGACUUGGUGCAAGGCACGCUUGCGUGCAUGCCGCCGUCCGUCGACCUGCGCACGGCGCUCGGCCAGCGCGUCGCGUGUGCCAAGCGCCUGGUUGGGCUCAUUGGUCAGAACGGCUAUUUGAUGCAGCUCUCGAAAACCUCGCGCUUCCAGCUGCGCUGCGAUGCGGAACUUUUGGCGGGCGCAAGCGAUCUGUGGCGCUUCUACGACGAUAGUGUGCAGAGCGGCGCCACCGCGCACGUCCUCCCCGCCGCAAUCCACGCGGCGCUGGGGCAGUCGGACGCCCACGACGCGGAGCGCCACUUUUUCGAGCGCGAUAUCACCCGCACGCCCCGCCUGCUCGAGGCGCUGCUUGCGCGCGUCGCGCACGCCGAGGCGCCGGCGGUCGUCGAGACCACGCGCCUCGUCCUGGCGCUGCGCUUUGGCGCGGCGCGCUUCCGCGCCGAGCACGGCGAGGCGUACGCGCUCGAGGCCGCGCCGCCGGUGCCCUACGAGCCGUGGUUCGCGCACGCGUCGAGCAUCGAGCUGCUCGAGACGCUCUUUCGCGCGACGCUCCCGCUGCUCCAGCGUCCGGAGCGCAGUGCAAAGCCCACGAUCAAGCACGCUGAGCUGCGCACGCAGCUCUGUGCGCUCGCCGAGUUUGCGAUGGACACGUACGACGCACGCAUCGCUUUCCUCGACGCGGCCGCGCGCGACGACACGAGCGACGGCGCGGCGCCUGCGCUCGAUGCGACGCGCGACGCGUACGACCACGCGCGGCCUGCGCUCCUGCACCCCCUCAUGGAGAUCGGGCGGGCGGACAAGGCGUUUUCGCUUGCGGAGCAGCACCACGACUACAAGACGCUCACCGAGCUGUGCUUUGCCGAGGUGCGCGAGGGAAGCGGCAAGCGGGCAAAGCACGCGCACCCCGCGCUGCACGAGCCUGCCGAGGUGCGUGUCGAAGAGUACCUCGACCGCUACGGCAUGCCGUUCGCCGACGAGCUGUACCAGUACUAUAUCCAGCACGGCGCAUACCGCAAGCUGUUUGAGCCGCAGCCCGAGCACGCGACACUGGUCGUCCAGUUCCUCGACGCGCAUCCCCAGUACAGCCGCAUGGCCUGGAUCCAGGACGUGCUGCUGAGCCGCUUUGACCGCGCGAGUGACGUGCUCCAGCGGUGUGCCAAAGACGAGAGGGAGGAUAUCCGCGCAAAGCACGCGAUGCUCAGCCUCGGCAAGCUCGCGCAGCUCGCGACGCUCCCCGACCUCGACGCACAGCUCGCGGACGCCUCCGAGCAGGCGACGCUCGAGGCGUGGGACGAUGCGCUGGACCUCGUGCACGUCCAAAAGCGCCUGCAGCACAAGUGGCUCGACGCGGCGCUCCUGCCCAACGCGCAGCCCGAGGUGGUGGCGGAGCGCGUGGCGCAGACCGUCGCGCCGCAGCUCGCCGAGCGCCCCGCGGUGCGUGCGGUGUUUGUCAUGCUGGCCACGCUCCUGCUCUCUGGCCAGGUGGCAUCCGGCGAGGACAUGAUGGACAUGCUUGCGCUGCAGGACGCGUCGUACGCGGUGCCUGCGGACGCUGCGCUGAGCGACUUUGCAAUCGCCGCGCAGGUCUAUGUCCGUAUCGACGCGUCGCGUGAGCGCAAAGAGGCCGCGCUCGCGCUGCUCUGGCGCCGCCUGUACCUCCAGGACGACUGGUACGCGCUGAGCGCGACCGCGCAAAAGACCGACGAAGGCGUGCUGAGCGAGGUGCGCAGCACGGUCGCCUUUGCGACGGUCCAGGCGGUGCUUGCGAACGAGAGCACCGCGCCGGUCCUCCUGAGCCCCGAGCAGGCGUGUGCGAUCCCCCCGCCGUCGGUCGCGAUGCUUGCCGAGCGCUUCAGCGGCCUCCCCGCCGCGCAGCUCGAGCAGCUGCACGCCGCGCUGCAGGACGAGCACGCGGCGCUCACUGCGUGCGUGCACGAGACCAAGCUCGGCGCCUUUUUUGCGCAGGUCCUCGCGCAGCCCGUGCCUGACGACGCGAUGGCCGAGGACCGCGCCGAGCUCGCCGACGAGGUCGACGAGGACGCGUUUGAUACCUACCGAGGCCAGAGCGUCCCCGGCGGCGCCGUCUUUGACGAGCCGGUCGACGAGGAGGCGCUCGUAUAG